UUACUGCGUGUCUGUGUGAAGACUGAAGAGGAGAGAGCGAUAUCAGCUAUGGUGAGGGUUCCUUGCUGCGAGAAGAUGGGGUUGAAAAAAGGGCCAUGGACUCCCGAGGAAGAUCAAAUACUGAUAUCUUUCGUUCAACAAUAUGGCCAUGAAAAUUGGAGGGCACUUCCCAAACAGGCUGGCUUAUUAAGGUGCGGAAAGAGUUGCAGACUCCGAUGGACGAAUUACUUGAGGCCCGAUAUUAAGCGGGGAAAUUUUAGCAAAGAAGAAGAAGAAACCAUCAUUAAGCUUCAUCAAAUAAUGGGAAACAGAUGGUCUGCUAUUGCUAAUAGAUUGCCUGGACGAACAGACAAUGAGAUAAAAAAUUACUGGCACACUCACUUGAAAAAGAGGGUUCAUCAGGACGCCGUCGGGCAAAAAGAUUUGCGACAACUACAAACAAAUUUAUGGAGAUCAAAUGGUCAGGGAACACCUGAGUCUGGGGAAGCAUCAAAUCAUCCUGGUUCAGAGGGCAACGGUAAUGUUCAAAACUUUACAGGACGUAUUCAUGAAAAUUUCUCCAGCUUAGACUACAGUAUAUCUGCACCGGGGCCAGCUAAACAAGAUAGCUAUCAGGCCUUUAGAGUUCUUGCAGAAACUAAUUUGAAACAAUCGGCCAAAGAUUCUUGCAAGACUAACAAAUAUCUGGGUCCUGCCUCAGACUCAAGGCUUCAGUUUCUAUCCACUGGAGAAUCUAUUAUUGAACCUGGGGAAGAUAGUAUCAAGGAAGACAUGGUUUUCUGGUACAACCUCUUUUUAAAUGCUGGAAAAUCACAGGAGAAAUUUGCACAGAUUGUAUGA